GACGCACUCCUCUACCAGAUCAGUGCGACAGACUGGACUGAUACCGGCUCUGGAUGUGCCCGGAUGGUGAGCGCCUGUCCGCUCUAAGGCUCUUGUUUCAGACUGAAUCAUGACCGAGAUGUCGGCUCCGUGUCCCGUGCAGGAAUCAGCGGUGGUCGUGGUGGAGCCGGCGGCGGCGAGCGGGACGCAGAGAGACCGGGAGAUGGACAUCACCGAGAGCGUGGAGGGAGAAGGUCUCUUGGAGAGCAGCAUGCGCCUCAAGCCUCAUGAAGCUCAGAGUUACAGGAAGAAGGCAUUAUGGGUAUCGUGGAUCUCCAUCGUAGUGACGCUCCUCCUGGCAGCGGCGGCAUUCACCGUAUCCUUCAUGCGACACAGCGCAUCAGCCUUUGGAUUUGCUUUCGAUGCAACAUUAGACGUGCUGUCAUCCGCCAUCGUGCUCUGGCGUUACAGCAACGCGGCCGCUGUGCAUUCGGCCCACAGGGAGUACAUAGCCUGUGUGAUACUGGGGGUCAUUUUCAUCCUGUCCUCCAUGUGUAUCCUGGGCAAAGCCAUUCAUGAUCUGUCCACCAAGCUCCUGCCCGAAGUGGAUGAUUUUCUCUUCAGUGUGUUCAUUGUGAGUGGGAUACUGUGUGUCAUUCUGGCCGUCGUCAAAUUCAUACUGGGGAGGGUGUUGACCAGCAGAGCUCUGAUCACUGAUGGUUUUAACUCCUUGGUUGGCGGUAUCAUGAGCUUCUCCAUCCUGCUCAGUGCUGAGGUGUUUCGUCAUGAACCUUCUGUCUGGUUCCUGGAUGGCACCACUGGAGUUAUGAUCGGCCUCAUCAUCCUAGCUUAUGGAAUAAAGUUGUUAUUUGACAUGGUACCACGAGUAAGACAAACCAGGAACUAUGAGCGCUUUGAGUGAGCAGCUUUAGGGCGAGAACAGCAUACUUACACCUUCACCUCCAACACAGAACAUACCUAUCUACAAUCACUCCAGUACAGAUUGUGACACCAUCUGCAUUCUGGCAGCAGUUACAGGACCAAUUACCACCUCAUUAUCUUCACCAAUUUCCAUAUUCAGGCUUUCAGCACAACACACCUCAGAGAGAGGUGAUGAAGACACAGCAGGAAAUAGUUUCUGAGUUUGAUCCAGACAAAGGAAGAACGGAACUCAAAGCCAGCAAAUCCUGGUAGCCGGAUCAAACCUUCGGAAAUGCGAAACUUCUUAUUUAUGACGACCUCCACUGCCAGGUGUGGUGUAUGUAUAACAAAGCAUUUGAGAUUUAUUGCUUAUGUUUUUGUUGUUUGUCACCAUUCACAAAUUGUCCACAAGAACUGGGUUCCAGAACUGUUCCAGAAUAGGGAUGCAUUAGUACCAAAAACACAAAUAACAGCUCCUACCCAGUAUGUUGUUGUUUACCAUCAGGCAUUAUCGGUCCUUUUCAAUAAGAGAUUUUUACAGCUGUACAGAAGCAAUAUUCCAGAUGAUUCAAGUUGGGGCUACUGCAGCUCAUUUUCAAAUAAACUUACUGGACUUCUGAAGAUUAAGCCUGGUACCCUGAUGCAUGAACAUCACUUUUUCAUACCAGCUAUUUGAACAGAUCUAAAUAGAAUUAAAUAUCAUGUUUGAGUGAGGUUUCUGAUGGAAUAAUACCCUUACACUCUAAAAUGCAUGGAUUUAAAGAGUUUAAAUGCAUCCCUAGUCUGGAUCCCAACCCACAGUUCUUAUAUUGUAUCGCAGGUCAUUCCACUGAUUCAAAACAUUAAUCAAUUGAAUGAUUUACAUUCAAGUAUCUGCAUAUUUAAUCUGAAUGGAAAAACUAGAUAGCUUUGUAAAAUCCAUGCAGGUUUUUUUCCCCCAAUAUGAGAAUCUCAUAAAUACUAAAUACGAUCAUUUAAAAACCCACAACCCAAGGAAGUGUGAUUUUUAGCAAUGUGGGGAGCUCUAGCAUAUAUUUUCUGUUGACAACUUGUCAGAUAUCUUGCAGUAUUUAUAACAACAAGCCAAAGUCACUGAACAGUAUGACAUGAUAAGUGAUAAGCACAGCUCUCGCUCUUUGCCGUUUUUUUUUUUUUUAUUCAAUUAUAUUUUGCAGUAUCCACUAUUUCUCUACCAGCAAUACCUAAUAUCUAAAUUCAAUCUUCAGGUUAUAGUGUU